UGGAAGUCUGAGAGCACAACACCGAGUCCCAGAGAAGAUGAACAGUUGACGGGGGAAAAAAUCUAAACUAUAUGGGAAUGUGGCAAAUGUGUCUAUGGAGAUUACAUGGCGGUGUUCAUGGACUGACUGCUUCUACAGAGGGAUACUGAGUGUAUUGAAUGGAUGAUCAGGAUAGAGUUAGCCAAACAUCCAGCGUGGCAACCAUUUCCUACUUUCCCGUCAUGCAGGAAUGUGAUGGAAGGGUGCAAGCUUUUGGAAAAAGAUGUCAGUCUGCCAGGAGAGAUCCCAACUGCUCUGUGGUCAUCAGAGGAUGGCUCAACAAAAAAGACAGCUCUGGUUUGAAGCUAUGGAAGAGAAGGUGGUUUGUCCUCUCCAACUACUGUCUGUAUUACUAUAAAGACAGUAGAGAAGAGUCUGUGAUGGGUAGCAUCCCACUGCCGAGCUACAAAAUCCUGUUCUGCACACCACGGGAAUGCAAGAACAGAAAGUUCACAUUCAAGGUGGUGCACCAGGGAAUGCGUUCUUACUUCUUCAGCGCGGACACUCAGGAGGACAUGCUGGGUUGGGUCCGAGCCCUCAGUCAGUCUGCUGCAAUGGAGUCCAACAGCUCCCUUAACAGGCGCUGCUCAAGUUAUCAGGACUUCACACAGAUAGGUGGCAGCACUGAAUCAGUGGAUUUCCCAAGAACCCCCUCUGAUGGAGACGAUCCUUCCCAGAGACACAGGAACGUCAGCAGGACUCUGAGCGAACCGAGCCACCUCGCUGGUGGGAGGAUGGGGACGUCGCGCUCGGAGCCGAGGGGGAGGCGGAGUGUGCGUCAGAGAAACAGCAGAACACCCAGCCCUCCUGAAUUUAGCAGAAGAAGAGCUUGUGGUCCACACCAAGAGGAAGACUAUCUUCCUGGUCAAAUCACACCACCCAUGCAGACAGAAAUGAUCAGAACAGGUUCUUUGAGCUCAAGAGGUCAGCUGGGGUCGCGACCUCACACACCGGUGGGAAGGGUUGACAUUCGGCCUAACGACGACUCUACCAUGGGGCCAAAUACUCUGUACUAUGCACCUGCCUCCCCUCAGCUGGAGUUCAAAUCCACUCCGACCACUCCAGUCACGGAAAGAUGGCAGAACAUAAGCAAGCCUGUACCCACCUAUGGGUCUGUCCUCCAUAUCUCGAGUGGGAGACGACCUUUAGGAAAGAGCUGCUCUACAGGGGCACAUGCAGACUUACUGCCCCCUUUGCCCCCCUCAGCCAGGGCCCCAAAUGCUCCCCAGCACCCACACCACCAUCACCACCACCAUCAUCACCAUCACCGCAGCAAUUUGUCUGUUUGUGUGCUACCGCAAGCUAUGCCUCCAAAGCCUGAAACCCCCCCAAUCAGGCCUCUUGAAAGUGAUGCAGACGUUGUGUUGACAAGGUUGUGUGGGUGUGACAAGCUGCUCCAGUCUCUUUCUGUAGAGCUGGCCCAGCUGCAAAUGGAUAAGGAUAGCGUCCAGUGUGCAUUAGAGGUGUCCAGACUGCAGCUGGAGGAGUGGAAAAGUCAGGGGCCGAGGGCACAGGAAGAGGCACUUACCCAGAAGGCUUUGCUGCAGGAAGAGCUGGUCACAAUCAGGGCCAAAAUGUGUGAUGUAUCAUUGGAAAUGGAAAGGGUGUGGAGUCAAUAUGAAAGAAUGGAGAGUGAACUGUGGGUUAUACGUUCACAACUGCAGCACAUCUGUAACUUUGGAGUGCCACAGGACCAGUCUCAGGCCCAGAGAGAGCUGUGGAUGAUGGAGGACAUCCUGGCUGGACUAAAGAUCAACAGGGAUCACUUCCGCUUCCUACUGGGACUGCAGAGGCACCACUGUAAGAAUCUGCUUUCCGUCACUGUCAUGCUGAGAGUCUGA